CAUUUAAUUUGUAUUGAAUUUUUGUCCAAGGUUGACUUAAAUGUCCAUCACAGGACUCCUCUGUCCAAGGUAGACUUUCCGUUUUCCAUGCUUUUUAUAUGGGCGUCCAGGAUCCUAUGCUAAUGGCUUUGUUUUAACGUCAAUAACAAUAAAUAAGCAUUUACAGCUCAACCAAGUUAUCCCUUAGGCCGUUAUGGCAAUGUACCAUGUAUCUUCGGAACGGAUAAUCAGAAAUCAAUGUGUGACCCAUCAAAUUAAAGGAUUUUGAAUGAUGAAUUACGUUGCGGUGUCUGUUUUAACGCCAUGUCAUGUAUAACGCCCUUUGGACACAUUAUCGUUUAUUAUUUGCCUGAUAUGUCGAAUCUUAUCAUGUAGCACCUCAAAUUACAGGGUUUUGAAUGACAAAUUACGUUGUGAUGUCGGUUUUAACAACAUGUCACAUAUAACGCCUUUUUGACACAUUAUCGUUUAUUAUUUCCCUGAUAUGUCGAAUCUUAUCAUGUAGCACCUCAAAUUACAGGGUUUUGAAUGACAAAUUACGUUGUGAUGUCGGUUUUAACAACCUGUUAUGUAUAAGGCCUUUUUGACCCUCUAUCUUAUAUUAUUUACCUGAUAUGUUGAAUCUUAUCAUGUAGCACCUCAAAUUACAGGAUUUUGAAUGACAAAUUACGUUAAGAUGUCUGUUUUAACAACCUGUUAUGUAUAAGGCCUUUUUGACCCUCUAUCUUAUAUUAUUUACCUGAUAUGUUGAAUCUUAUCAUGUAGCACCUCAAAUUACAGGAUUUUGAAUGACAAAUUACGUUAAGAUGUCUGUUUUAACAACCUGUUAUGUAUAAGGCCUCUUUGGCACUCUAUCAUAUGCUUUAUGUGAUUAUUUAUAAAUUGAUUCUUAUAUUAUGGAUCAGUGUAUUGUUGUAUGCAAACAAGGAUGGAUGUGUUUUUUAAUGUGUGUGCUACUGCUGCGUUGCAUGGCAACAGCAGAUACCUUUUCCUUUUUAAGGUUUUUUUAACCGCAUAAGUGAGUGGAUAAAUGAAAAAAGUUUUAUUUUUAUCAUUUCUUUAUCUCUUCAUUCAUUUUAUUAUACCCCAUAUUUCUAUUGGGGGAUAUCAAAUAGGAUUAAUAACCAUGGCAGUUUCAUGCAUCUUUAUGUAUUGUCAUUGUAAGCUACACCAUCUAUUAUUUACAAGUACAUUAAACGUGUAAGAAAUAAGACAAGAUAUAUUUUAUAUAAAUUUAUUAUGGAUAUCUAAACAUUACAUUAUAAUUCAUUAAGCCGUGAUUAAUACAUUUGCUUUUUAAAAAAAGCCGUUCAGAUUCUUCGUUGGAGCAGAACGCAGUGAAUUCAUUAUUUUUCUUUAUGUGAUGUAUAAGUUUGCAUGCAUAUCCUCUUCUCCGAUGAUUAGGUAAAGUGUAUACGUAUUCUAAUACUCUUGGUACAUCAUGUUGUCCAAGUGGAUCAAAGUCACGUUUCGAUAAGAGUACAAAUGAUGCUGGUACUCCGCUGACAUAAAGGAUGUAGCAGGUAACUUUUGUGUUUGUCAUCCAUUGAUCAAUAAGUAUAUCAUCUACAUUUAACUGCUUAAUUUUUCUGACUGCGUUCGGACCUCUGAACAACUCAAUUUUUUCCAUCUUGCUUCAUCGAAUGAUUGAAUGAUACUGAUUUUUGCUUUAUUCAUUCUAUCAUGUAUCUGUGAAUUUUGAAGGAGUGGGGGAACGUCAUAGUAUUCUAUCGUGUAUCUGUGAAUUUUCCAUGAGUGGGGGGAACGUCAUAGUAUUCUACACCGAAGGUUUAUAUAUCAUAUAAACGUUGUAUACAUUAUUAUGUUCCGUUUACGGAAGGAUUAGAGCUAAUAAUAAACAUAAAAACUAGAUGGCAAAUGUAGUCUCCUAUAUAUUGAAUAGACGAUUAUUUAACUAUAAAAGUAAAAUACCAACCUACAUAAUAUUACCCUCCUUGCAGUAGAUAAAAUACAGUAUGCGAAUCGCAAUACCAUUUUUUUUUUGUUUGGUGAUUUUCAUGAUACUACCCAACUUUCCGUAGAAAAGACUUGUACGUGAGAUGUUUGCUGGUUUGGUCACAGCGUAAGAAUGGUAUAUGUUCAUUGUAGGAAUGUAUGCUUGGAGGGAGAUCGAGGAUGUUUGUUGGUCAUACUGUAAGAAUGGUAUAUGUUCAUUGUAGGAAUGUAUGAUUGAAACGAAGAUACGAUAUAGUGCCGUUUUGGCAAUGUCUUAUUCACGUCACGUCAUUCACGUUACGUCAUUCACGGUAAAAUAUCACGUUAAAGAGGUACACUGUUAGGAUGGUUUAAAGAUAAAUAGUCUAUACCAUUAGGGAAUAGAGUGUAGCAGAGACCAUUAGAGGCCAUUAGAAACCAUCAGGUCACGUUAUUUACGUCGCGUGAUUCACGUGACGUUAUGCACGUCACGUUCUGUUAGGCACUGUCACGUUCUGUUAGGCACUAUACGGAAAAGAAGAAGAAGAAUUGGCAAUUAAUGUUGAACGUUGACAGAAGAAGAAUUGACAGUUGCCAUCUGUGUCGCCACCGCUUUCAUUUGAUAUCCCAUACGUCAAAAUCGGAUCAUUAGCAAAGAAGAUAUGUUGUAAUGCCGUUUUGGCAAUGUCAAUUAGUUACGUGUUGCAGCCGACAGGUGGCAUGAUAAGAUGAAGAACUGUGAUAGGAUGUUUGAUGGUCAUACUGUAAGAAUGGUAUACGUUCUUCUAGAUGGCUUGGGCAUAGUUACAUGUUGCAGCCGACAGGUGGCAUGAUUAGAGAACUGUGAUAGACGUGGAAUCCCCAUUAAGUUGACAGGUCAAAAUAUCUCCAAUAGCAACAAAUAUAUUACAGUUUUGGCAGUGUUGCCAUGUUUCUCCUUUCCUUCAACGGCUGUUACGCUAAAAUCAAUAGCAACGAAGAUCUAGUGUCGUUUUGGCAUUGCUGACAUCUUUGUUUUUAUGUUAACAUAUUCAAUAUCCCCUCUUUUUCCCAACGAGACCAUAUUCACACGAAUUGGACCAAUAGACACGAAGAUAUGAUAUAGUGCCGUUUUUGUCAUUGCUGACAUCUUUGUUUAUAUGGUAACAUGCCUUCCUCUUUCCAACAAUAUAUGAUCAGUCAGGUCGGAGACAUGCUCUAAUGCUCUUUUGCUAAUGUCUUUGUGAUUGCUCCUCUUUCGUUUAAUGUCUUACAUGUAAUAAACGAACCAAUAACAGCGCAGAUGGCAGAUAGGUGCUUCAUGGAUAAGUGUCUUAUUUGGCUUUCUGACUACACCCUGUAUAUUUUGCGAUAAACGAAAUAAAGAGGAGGCCAUCUUGGAAGGCGAGGGUUUGUGACGUAGGUGGGCCUGGCUGUGUUCCCAUUGGUCGGUGCCUGAUCAUUGGUCGGUGAUUGGGGCUAAGUUCUCAUUGGUCGCUGGACUUUGAUCUCAUUGGUCUAUGGGCGAUGCUGUGGGUGGGCGAGGCUUCCUUCUCAUUGGUCGGUGGGCGGGGCUAAUUACUCAUUGGCCCGGCGGGCGUGGCUUUGUGGUGGGCGUGGCUUUGUGGUGGGCGUGGCUUUGUGGUGGGCGUGGCUUUGUGGUGGGCGUGGCGUGGGGGCGUGGCAGAUAAAAAUUUUCCCACGCUGUCAAAAUUUUCCCACGCCCAACCGGCCCACACUCUACUAAUGGAACAUAACAACUUAGAACGGGAUCCUACAACAUUCAUAAGAAAUAAUACGAGGAAAAUAACAAUACCAUAUAUAAAAGGACUAUCCGAGAAACUUAAAACAAUAAGAAAUAAAUUCAACAUUUCAAGAACAUUCAAAACAACAAACAUAUUGAGAUCUAUUCUACCUAAAACUAAACCUAACAAUGAACAAGAAAUAACAAAGAAUUGCAUUUAUAAAAUACCUUGUGAAUGCGAACAAUUUUAUUUAGGUGAAACAUCAAGACCAUUAAACGUUAGAAUAAGUGAACAUCAGUCUUAUAUUAAAAAUAGAGAAUUUGAUAGAUCUUAAAUAUGUCAACAAGCAUGGGAUAAUGAACAUAGAGUUCAGUGGAGAGACUCAAGUAUAGUCCUGAAAGAAUCAGAUAGUAAAAAGAGAAAAAUCAAAGAAGCGGCUCUAAUUAUGCUAAAUGAAACCAAUUGUGUUGCAAAUUCCUCGGUAGAAUGCAGUAGGAUGUGGUUACCCAUACUGAAAGAGGAAGUCAAUAGAAAGAAAAUACCACGAUUAGUAAGUCAAUAACAUAUCGAGUUAGUACAAAUUUUAUAUUUUAGUAUUACUUAUUGUAUAUCUAUGUAUUAUUAAUAUUAUUUAUAAUUUAAACAUUAAAGUCAGAAUUUGGUAUUAGUUUUUUGAAGGUAAAUUAAAUGUAAGACCAAAUUCUUACGAUGUCGGGAUAGUAUCACGAGGUUUUUUCCUGGUUUUCCCUCGUGAUUUACUAUGGAAUCUCUAACGCGAGAAUUUUACUGUCAUCGUUGCAUUUGGUUGUCUUUUUAAAGACAGAUCACAUGCUAUGAUUUUUUUGCGACGGAUAUUUUUGAGUUGGGAUUGAUUUCAUGUAAUUGAAUGAACUAUCUUUUAGUAAAGUCGUCCCAGGAACGCAACUCAUAAAUAUUGGCGAUAUCAUUUUAAAGUCUUCUACUUUAAGAUGUAUAAUAUACGUCUGAAUUGCCAAUAUAAAUGAGUCAGAUUAAAUAAAUUAUUAGAAGAAUUUUUUUACUUAGCAACAACAUUUUUGUUUAUUUUAGUAGUAUUUUGUAUUUUGACAAAGAAACCCGAUUUGGGCUUCGAAACGUUAAUAAAAUCAUUUUUUUAGUAAAAUUGUGGCUUAUUUCCCAUAAAAAAUACGUAAUUGUAAAUAUUCCACAAGCAAAUAGCUUCAGAACAACAUUUAAAUAGUGAUUCUAGAGAUAUUUAGCAGAUUGCAGAAAGUUGAACAGAUUAUAAACAAAGAUCCUAUAUUUUGUGAUCCAUUUUAAAGGAGGCAUACACCCAUAAUACCAAUGCAUACUGCCGAUAAUAUCAUAAUGGUUCCGAAUCCAUAACUUUGACUAAACAUUCUACAAAUAAAUUAAGAAUACCCCAAAGAAAAAUGAAAAAGCAAUAUUGGGAAUAACAAGAAGGACUGAAGAGAUAUGGUACCAACUAGGAUAGUGAGAGAGAGAGGACUAAAGUGGCAGAUUUAAAAAUCAUUAGUAAUAUAAAAACAUUGAUAAUAUGUUAACACAAAUAAGAGCUGAAUUGCAGCAAUGAAAAUUUCACAGAAGAUUUUAUAAUAUGUACAUAAAAAACGUAAAAGACAACAUACUGACAAACGAUGGACACGAGUUUCACAGCUUUAAUGUUUAAUUUUUCUUAACAGGACAUGCUAAACUUUUAAACUCUUCCAACGCUUCAAGUUCCGGACUAAAUCCUUACUGUAUGUUCGAGAUCGUAUGAAAACUUUAUUAUUAGACUUUUAUAGUAUUAGGUAUUUCCGUCAACCUAGUCUAAAGCAAUAAUACUGCUUCUUCUUAAACCAUUAACCAAUAACCAGAUUAUUUCUCGAGAUAUUAAACCGUUUCCAUAAUUAUUUUUCUAGAAUAUUAAAAUAAAUCAUUUUUUCAAAUUAACGCCAUCUAUCAACAAUUUGAAAAAAUGUUCCAUAUAAAAGUUUUUAUUUUAUUUUUUAUAAGGAAUUAAAAUCUGCAAUAAAAAAUGGGGGUUUCUAUUUCAAAGUGGCCCCCUCCCCGCUCUAGGGCUCUACGGGGUCGUGUUUAGUGUCAUUCGAUAAAUUUUUGAAACAUAUUGAACACGUUUUGCAAUCUUUUGAUCCGAUGUUUAAUUCGCGAAAUAUUCAAACUUCUUGCUUCUUUUAUCGCACCCUGUAUGUCUGAAACCUCUUUUAGUGAUACACAGUGAAUUGUUAUUCCGUGUAUAAUUCAUAUGUAAACAAACGAAUAAAAAAUAAAUUAUUCAACUUACUCAACCAUUGUAUAAAAAUUUGAGAAAUUCAAAGAAAAAAAAGUAUACAAAUAAACAAAAAACUGUUCCAUUGUCAACCUCAUAAUCACCUUGUAUAACGAAACAAUAGAGUAUAACAGAUAAUUAAGUCAAAUGACUAAUUAUUCAAUUAAAUUGUGAAAAUCCCUUAACUUAUUUCCAUAAAUUGAGUCAUCUCGUUUUCGUCUCGUACAUUCUAGAAUAAUACCAUUACCGUUUUAUUAGAAGAUGGUGGAUUUUUUAAUAAUCCGCAUUGCUAAAGGGUAUUUUAUGUCGGUUUUUAUUAAGAUUGAGAAAUAUUAUCUUUUUAUAAGAUUUAACAGGAUAGCCAAUCUAAAAAUUAUAAAAAUUCAGUCAAUUUUUUGAAAUAAAAAUAGCACCCCCAACAGGUAAAAGAAGAAAGGACAUCUGUAUACUGUAGUAUAUGUACAUAGGGGGGAGAAUGGGGGAAUGGGAACCACUUAACUAUAUUCUUUAAUAAAAAACAAAUUUUAGGUUAUAUAAAAAAUCGGUCCAGUUUAAGAGCUAGUUUAAAAUGUUAAUUAUCCUUCGCUAUUAUUAUUGCGUCAAUUUAUUUAGUUAUGUUAAAGUUAUUAUGAAAUUACUAAAAAUAGUGAAUGGCUCCAAUUGUCCCAAUAGGCCGACUAAUAGGAUCCACAAUUUAUUUUAAGUUUUAUCUGUAUUAAAUUUUUAAUUUUCAUAACAAAAUUAGUAAUAAAUUGUUUUCAACUCAUUUUGUUUAAACAAAAGUCACAGAGAUAAUCUUUAGCUGUGUCAACCCAAGAACAAUCUGCACCCAACAAACAUAUAAUAGCUGGUCAAGCUAAAUACUGAGUACUGCAGCUGAUUAGUAGUCGCAUAAAAGUGACAAAGGCUGUUUAACCUAUUUUGCUGUUUAAUAUGUCGAACAAACACUGCUUCAGAUUAUUUGUAAGCCCUUUUGCAGCCAAUUGACUUAAGCUGAAUAUUAGACUGGAGAAGCGCUAUUUAAGGCACUUUGUAUUAUAGUAUUCAGCAUAUCUUAUUCAGCUGAAUGCUAAGCUGAAAUAGCGCUGCUGCAGAAUGUUUGUCUACUUUUGAUCAACAAUGUAAAAAAAACUGAACAAGAGGCUGGGGAAGCGCUAUUUAAGUCAGUUCAUAAUACAUUAUUCAACCUUCUCUAUUCAGUUAUAUUCUGGGCUGAAAUAGUGCUUGUCCAGAACUUUUGUAAGUACUUUUAAUCAGCAACUUUAUAAAAGCUGAUAUAAAGCUGAAAAGGAGCUUUAAUUUAAUUAAAUCGUUCAUAUUCGUUGCAAAAGGUGUAUACUUAAGUUCGAUGAAAAAUGGCUUCUGCAGCUGAUGAUUAUUAAGUAUUAUACAAUUGCUUAUAUUUGCUAUAUAAUUUUAAUUAUUUAGAUAAAAGAUAUACACUGUGCUUUACUUAAUAUUUAAAAAAUAUGGAUAAAAAAUCAAUUCAAAAUUUAAAAAAAAUAAAAAAAUCUGGCCAUUAUUACCGAAAAUUAAAGGUAAACCGUUCAAAUUAUGAAGAGUUUUUAAAAAAUCUAUAUGCACCAAGUAGUGUUUCUUCUCAUUCAAAAGCUAACGACACAGCAUCAGGAUCAGGUAAUUUUGUUUUAAUUUUGUGAGUAUAUUUUAAAUAAAAAAUAAUUUGUUACAUAGGUUCUAAAGAACAGGAGUGUAUUUCUAGCACAUCAAGUGAUCUUGACGAUAAUCUAAUGGAAACCAGUGAAACAUCAGAUGAUGGUGACCAGUUUAUUGAUGAAGACAUUUUUAAAACAGAAGAUACUGAAACGCAAUUAUUGCCUUGUUCAAGUACCGAAUUAGGAAAUUGGGCAAUCCGACAUAAUAUUACACAUGCAGCUCUAAAAGAUCUCCUACAAAUAAUCAAGAGACAGUAUGAUUCUAGUUUAUUUAUCGAUGCUAGAACAUUAUUAAAAACGCCAAAAAAUACGAAAAAAAGUUGUAAAGUUAUACAGGGUGGAGAAUAUUGGCAUCAAGGUCUUGACGUUUGUCUAACGAACACUUUUAAAAACUUGUCAAAAGACAUGUUAAUACAGCUCAAUGUAAAUAUAGAUGGGUUGCCAAUAUAUAAAAGUUCCAAACGUCAGUUUUGGCCAAUUUUAUGUAGCAUAUAUGAAAUGCCUGAUAUACAACCUAUGAUUGUUGGCAUUUUCCAUGGAAAUAACAAGCCUCUAGAUAUAAAUGAAUUUUUGGAGCCUUUUGUUGAGGAUGUUAAGCGGCUGCAAUCAAAUGGACUCUGUGUUAAUGGGCAUAUGAUUCACAUAAAAAUUAGAUGCUUUAUCUGCGAUUCACCUGCACGGGCAUUUAUUAAAGGUGUAGUCAAUUUCAAUGGGAUUAAUGGAUGCCUUAAAUGCACUACUGAAGGCGAAUAUUCUUAUCUUUCUCGAACUGUUGUAUUUCCUGAUAUAAAAUGUCCUCUUAGAACUGAUGCAAAAUUCAGAAGUAAACAUUAUGGUAAGCACCAUAAAGGGCAAGAGUCACCAAUUUUGAAAAUUUCCGAAGUUGACAUGGUGCAGGAUUUUAUAGUAGCAGAUGAACUACAUCUUUUAGAGCUAGGUGUGAUGAAGCGUUGUCUAACAGGAUGGAAAGAUGGUUCUAUGGGUUUCUCAAGUAAGCUAUGUGCUCGUGAUAUUGAGAGGAUCUCCAAACAUUUAAUAUCUGUGAAACUUCCAUCUGAAAUUCAUCGUUCCACAAGAGGAUUAGAUUGCCUGGCAUACUGGAAAGGAGUAGAAUGGCGCAAUUUUCUUAAUUAUAUUGGAAUUGUUAUUUUAAAAGAUGUGUUGAACACUGACGUUUAUAAACAUUUUUUACUUCUUUUUGUUGCUGUUAGAAUAUGUUCUUCUGACAUGUAUGCUGAAAAUCGUUCGGUUGCCCAAUUAAUGUUUGAAAAAUAUAUAGAUGAUUUUAAGAUUAUUUAUGGCGUACAAUUUAUUACAAGCAACAUUCAUAACUUAGAACAUGUGGUUGAUGAUGUUAAUAGAUUUGGACAACUUUUUACAAUAUCUACGUACCCAUUUGAGAAUACAUUAUUUCAACUAAAAAAAUUAUUGCGCCAAGGAAAUAACAGUUUGCAGCAAAUUGUUAAUAGAAUUGGCGAAAGAAAUUUAAUAUUGAGCAAUGAUACAAAAAAGACAAGUUUACAGCCAGAAAUUAAGAAAAGGGGGAAUGUUAUCAAGUGCUACAUUUAUUCUCAUAAUUUUUGUUUAAGUAAUGUUUUCAAAAAUUCAUGGUUUUUAACAAAUGACAAUGACAUUGUUCAAAUGAAUUCUGCAUCAGAAAAAGGUGGUAAAAUAUUCAUACAUGGAAAAUCUGUUAAGAAAAAAGAAGAUUUCUUUAGUUAUCCCAUUCGAUCAUCAAAUUUACACAUAUAUAUUUGCAACAUUACAAAUUUAAAUAAUAUGAAACUUUAUUUGCUAGAGAAUGUUGUUUGUAAAAUGGUUGUUAUAAAAUACAAUGAAAGUAAAAUUGUUUUUAUUCCUCUUCUACACACUAUUAAAAAUAAACAAAACUUGAAUGUAAAUUAAAAAGUUUUUUUAAUAAAAAUGUUCUUUUAGUCCGUGUCUGUAUCAUUAUUAUCUUCCUCUUCAACCUCGUCAUGUUCUUUUAUAGCAUCUUCACCGUCAGCUUCAUAUUUUUCCAUACCAUAUUCAUCGUUAUCUUCAUCAUAUUCUUUUUCUUCAUUAAAUGAUUGCUCAUUUUCAUAAAAAAUUUCAUUUUCGCCUGAAAUAAUAAUUUUUAUGUUAUACAUUUUUUUAAUAUAGGUACCUUUACCUUGUCUUUGAGCAACACCUUUUCUGUUUCCACUUAAACGUUGUUUUUUAACCAUUGAUUUUUUUCUUCUAUGUAUUGAAGAUUGGCGGAUGCCUCCAGUUAAACUACGCUUCUUUGCAUUUCUUGUAAUUCCAAUUAUAAAUUUUUUCAACAAA